AAAUGGUCAUCAUCUUAGCUUUAAGCAUCCAACUUGGACUAUUUUGGCUCUGGAAUGUGGAACUACAGGUGUUGCAUGUGGUGGCUAUGCAGUAGGAUAUAUUGUGGGUAGCAGGCUAAGAGAUCCAUCAUGCCAAACUACAAGCUCAUGUAUUUCAAUCUGAGAGGAAGAGCAGAAAUCAUUCGCUAUCUGUUUGCCUAUUCAGGCAUAAAGUACGAGGACUACAGGAUAGAACAAGUUGACUGGCCCAAAAUCAAACCAACUAUCCCAUUUGGAAAAAUCCCCAUUUUAGAAGUGGAUGGAGUUACCCUUCAUCAGAGCCUGGCCAUAGCCAGAUACCUAGCCAAAGAAACAGGUCUGGCCGGUCAGACACCUCUGGAACAAGCUCUGGUGGAUGCCAUUGUGGACACCAUUGAUGACUUCAUGUCACUGUUUCCCUGGGGAGAGAAAAAUCAGGAUGUGAAACAACAGACAUUUAAUGACCUCCUCACUAAUACAGCUCCUGGACUAUUACGAGAUUUGGACAGUUUCUUAGGGGAUAAUAAGUGGCUGGUUGGGAAAUCUGUAACCUGGGCUGAUUUCUACUGGGAUGUGUGCAGUACAACACUUCUGUUCCUUAAGCCUGGCCUGGCAGACAACUACUCUAAACUUUUGGCUCUGAAAGAGAGAGUACAAGCACUUCCUGCUAUUGCAGCCUGGAUUCAGCAAAGACCAAAGACUACACUGUAGAUGAGCUUUUCUGGUUUUGAAGAACAUGUUUAUGUGUAUUUUUUUAUUUAACAUAACCCCAGCACCUCUAAUUUCUUCUAAAAUUAUUAAUUUACAAAAAUUAAGACAACUCAAUGCCUAAUUUGAUCCAGUCUAUCACACCUGCUCGGAAAACAUCAGUGGACAGAUUAAAUUCUUGCUCUUCUCUGUUUCUCAUUAGGUUUCAGGGGUAAGGAGAACAGUUGUCAAUGGAGAACAAGUUUCUGAGAACUUGGCCUUUAAUAUUUUUAUGCAUGUGUAAUGUUGCAAGAUGCAGAUUAUAUUAAACACUGUCAUAAUUGAUUAUAAAAUGGACUAAAAAUA